AUCACAUCGAGUCUGUCCGUUGCGAUCCCUCUCUCUCUCUCCUGCUCUUUUAUUCUUCUGUCUGAGCCUGUGAUCAGGACUGUCUGUUCUUUUCCUCUAUUUCCUCCGUUUUCUUCUUUCCUUUUCAUUCCAACAUGUUUCAUAACCCGUGGAUUACUAACUAUCUCAACCACAUCACACAGUGUAGUCAAGGCUUUGUUGGUGAAGCUUCUGCUAAGCUCUACAGCCCUGCACUACUGACGAAAAGAGCAAUAAGCUUUGGUGUGGAUGACAGGACCUCACUGGUUAGGAGUACAGCAGAAAUUGAUGCUAACAUCCUUGCUGUACUGCCCAAAGUUUCAGAGCUAAGGAAGCAAUUUGAAACCUCUAUAAGAAGUAAUCCAGAAAUGAACAGGAAAGAGAGAAUCGCACAAAGGUUAGAGGUGAUUGAGGCUGAUUUUCCACCUGCUCUUACUACAAGCAUGCAACAAACAGCUGGCCUGGUGACCAACCGACUUCUGGAGGAGGACACACCACGCUAUACACGUGCUUCAGAUACCAGGGAUCCAGGAAUUGUGGUACGGCGCUAUAGCUGUGAUGAGAUAGAAGCUCGAGAGCGGCAUUCCAGAGCUCGUUCACAUCCAGAUCCACAGUUGUCCACCAAUCCUGAACCAGUCGGCCCUACCCCAGCAGUCUCUGAUGCAGCCAGCCUCAGCUCUAAAGCAGAGCGGAUUGCGCGUUACAAAGCUGAACGUCGGCGACAGUUAUCAGAACGUUAUGGAAUCCUCCUCGACCAGGAGGUGGAUCUGGAUUACACACCACGCUACACGCGUGCACGAAGAGAGUCUGACCUGUCAGACAAAGGACCUCCUCCUGACAGGGGACGUGGUGAAAGCAGGAUGAGAGGCAGGGCAAUGCAAGAGCAGGGUGAGGGGCGGGACCGAAGCAGUAGCAGGUCUAAAUACACCAGUUCAGGGAUAGGGCGGGUGUUCAUGCCUUCUGACCCCACCCCCAAUCCUGCUCCUCCUCCAUCAGGCUUUAAUUUCGAGCGAGAGAGAGAGAGGGCAAUGAACUUGGAAAAUUAUAGACGAGCACCUGACCGAAGUCCGAAACCACACCCACAGGAAGCUCCGGUUCCCAUAGAAACAACAAGAACCCAACCAAGGAGGGGGGUCGCUGUUGUCACAAGUUCUCCUAGGACAGCACGCAGAGCUUCAUUACCCCCAACACGAUAUGGCAUCUCUCCUGGAGACCUGUUCAUUGAGCAACAAGCUCAAAAUAUCCUCAACAGACAGGGCUUGGCAGCUCUCUCUCAGAGUGAGUGGUCCCUCAGGAGAGACAUGGACAAUGAAACAUACUCACAAAUCAACUGGCCAUCCAGAAUACGGGUAAGAGAGAAAGAGACAAUCUCGGGAAGAGGUUCUGAUUCAGGGCCAGAUGCAUCCUCUGUCAGACAUAAUCCAACAGUUGCCCCUCCAUAUUUAGCUCCACGACCUCAAUCUGUAAACCAACCACGAAUACAGAGCUCCGAACCCCCAGUCCAACAACCACAUCAGGGACUGGAGACUCGUCAACAAAGGGCGCAUAGUGUGGAGCGGCCACGAUUUCAGCGCACUCACAAUAUGGAUUCACCUGCCUUUCAUCAAAUAAGUGAAAUUGGUAAUCAUCAGCGUGCCCAAAGUGCAGAGCCCCCAAACUAUGAACAAAGUCCUGGUAUAUACCCUAGCACCAUGAGUCAUCAGCCUGGAUUUAGGAAAAUCAAGCAAUUUCUACCAAGGCAAGAUGGUCAAGAUGUUCAAGAACCAUCACAAAUGCACAGACCUUCCCAACAACCACACCCAGCUUACAAAAGUCCCCAGCAGCCAUCACCUGGUCCCAGAGAUGCCCCACCACAUGUACACAACUUUCGGGCUAUCCUUCAACCAGUACCUUUGGAUCGGGAUACUUUCCAGAGAGCUAAAGCACAUGCAUUUACUCAGAAACCUCUACAUGAACAUGAACACACCUUGCAUACACGUCCGUCACAUGGCCAUUAUGGUCACAGCCAACCUCUGCAGUAUGGUUCAGUCCAGGCUCUACCUCCAGCAUAUGGACAAAUUGUUCAUUCAGCUCCUUCCUAUACACCUUCAAAUGUUCAUGCAGCUCACCCUGUUCCUGGACCUUCACUUGGUAAGUCUGAGAUGAUGGACCCCAAAGGACACUUGGCCGCACCUGGUUCAACAUCUGCUGACAAAGAGGGUGAAGAGACUAGACAGAGGGCUAGUGCCGAUCACAUUCAGACCAUUCAAAGAAAAUGUCGACCAGUGUCCAGAAAGGAUCCAGCCUCAGAAGGGUUACUUAAGGGCAGAAAGGCUGUGCUACCCUCAGAAAUCCACCGCAGGCAAAAGAGUGUGGAUGAUCCCAUGCGUGGACAAACUGAGGAAGGUUUGGAAAUUCUGAGAAUCAGAAGGAUCAGCCAGUCAGAGGAAAUGGAGGGGAAAGGUGGAAGAAAGUUGCACCAGUUGGAAGAAAGGGAAGGGCCUAAUGGAAGAGGAAUUGCUCAGAUGGAGGAGGGAACAAUAACAGGAGAAAAGGUAAUAUGUCUAAUAAAAGACAAAGAACAGCAUGAAGACCGAAGAACCAGUCGAUCUGAAGAAAGACAGGUAGAUAAUGGCACAAAGAAUAGUUGGACAGGUGAAGAUGUGGUACGUGGUAUAAGGAAGAUUGAACAAAGAGAAGAAAACAAUCAAGGGACUGAAACUAAAAAAGAGGACUGUCAAGAUAAUUGGAGCACUAACCAGUUUGAGUGGAUGGAACAAAGAAGUGCGAGCAAGGUUGACGAAUUCAAGGAAAGAGAAUGGGAAGUUGUUCGAAGACAAAGCCAAACUGUACAGUCCAUUGAACCACUGGUACAGGGUGAUAAGAAAACCAGUCAAAAGGUAGAGGAACAGCAAGAAGGCCAAAGGUUGCUGCAAAAGGGAUUGUCAGAAGGACGUGGUAGAAGACGACGGAUCAAUCUGUCAGAGAAUGAAGAAGGGCAUGUCAGACGGAGAAGGAUAAGCCAAUCAGAAGAUGAUUGGGAGGGACGUAGGGUACAUAAAAUUGGCCAGUUGGAUGAAUGGGAGGUGGAAGAAGUGCAUCGAAUGGGUCAGCCAGAUGAUAAUUUUGAAAGACAUGAAAAAGGAAAACAGAGGGUAAACACACACCUACCUGAGGAAAUGGACACUGCUCCCACACAGCUAACCACUGAGCAGCAUUUUCCACACCAUAUGGUGGGGGAUGUUGGAGGGUACUUGCAGAAAGGUUCCUCCCUCCCACAAGCUCAACACCGAGUGAGUCAGGAUGCAGGUGACCUGAGACCAAAGGUGCGAAUCCGUUCCAUGUCAGAUAUUGGAGUAACUCAACGGUCUGCUGCAUUGAGAAGUCUGGAGUGUGCUGCCAGUCGAGAGUCUGCAAUGGUGAUGGAUACAGGGUUUCAUACUAGAGAGCCGAGUGGUGUGGCCAAUGGUGAAAUGGGCACCUUGGACACAAGAGUUUCUGUGGCAAAGCUGAGACAUUCCUACCUGGAGAAUGCUUCUGGACGCAGGCCAGAGCUGGAGUCUAAAGGAGAACAGGUUCCCACAGAGAGUGAUCCAGUUGCCAGCGGUGACCGCGAUAGAGGAGCACGUCGACCCAGACUUUACAUUUCUCCUGGUGAUGACAGGAAGUCAUCUGAGAGGUUUAGAACCCAGCCAAUCACAUCAGCUGAAAGGCUGGAAACUGAUAGGUCCCGUAUUAGUCCAGAGCUUCAUCAUGCAGAAUUGGAUGAGGAAAAAAUGGAUGAACGAGCUAAAAUGAGUGUGGCAGCCAAGAGGUCUCUUUUCAGGGAGCUGGAGAAGACUUCAGAUGGAGGUGUCCCCAAACCUCGAUCACGCAAUGCUGCGAUUGAACGAAGGCUUAGACGAGUGCAGGAUCGGUCACAGACACAGCCAGUCACGUCACAGGAAGUUGUCAUUGCUUCUACUUCCCACACUCCCCCUUCCCAAGGCAUCACUAUUCAAACCACUGCUCCCAGAAUCCCCAGUCCCGCUGUAGUCAGCACUUCCAUGAAUAGUUUCAGUCUGCAGGCAUCAUCAGCACAUGGAUCGACCCACCUUGAGCAGGAGAAAGAAGAUGUUUCAAAGGAAGUGGUUCUGGGAGAACAGGACUUGGGGCCUGAGGAGCCGGACUUAUCAACACUAAGCCUUUCUGAAAAGAUGGCAUUAUUCACUCGCUUGUCACAACCCCCUGACCAAUCAGCGAAUGGACCCCGUCCUGACACACGCCAGCGUAGAGCCAACCCCCGCUUUCAGACUCAACCUAUCACCCAGGGCGAGGUUGAUCAGCUGCAAAAUGGAAGCAAGAAGUUGGAGCCUCUCUCUGCAUCACUGGUCCGUUCUGUUACCGCGGUCACCGCCCAGACCUCUGUUGCCACGGUGACAAGUGCUUCCCCAUCAAUGACCGCAGAUGUUCCCGUGGAGAUCUCCACGGCUCCGCCCACCACUCAGGCCUCACCCAAUCAGGCGGUCUCUGUUCAGCUUCCGGCCUAUGAGAGAGGAGUUCGAUACUUCAGUCUUUCAGAGAGUGGGGAAAAACCCGCACCUGAUGUUCAGUCCCUGCCCCCCACAGAGCAGCCUGGCCAAUCUGUGUGCAGUAAGGAUGUGAGUGACGAGAGUGGGCGGAGGGGAAGACUAGGGUAUUUAGGCAGAGAGGAGAGAAACACAGAGCUCCCCAGUGUGACUUCCCUUCCACACACACAUGCACUCAGACACACACCCCCUCACGGCAGGGGAGACACAGAGCUGAGUGGCCCACGAGAGAGGGAAAAAGAGAGUACACCCGUCUCACAGGGAGGCUACCUCUCACCAGACGCACAUCAGACAGCAAGAGGAAGCAGUACCAGAACCACCGUCUCAGAUGUCUCUUAUCCCACCGUUCCCGUGAGGACAGUGAGCACAGCUGCGGCCUCGUCCAAAUAUUCUUCACAAAUCUCUCACUCGGUCACUUAUCUCCAGCAAACCCAGUCCUACACAUCCCCGCAACCUCAACCAGAACCAGCUCAUCACCCUCAGAUCUAUACACCGAAGCACGCUCAACCUCAAACACAACCCUAUAGCCCGCCGACGCUGCCACAAACAAACCUCAUUUCUGAUUCUCAACCUCACAUCCACAUUGACUCUCAGGUUCCUCCAUGGCAAACCCAGCUGUACCCUGAACCCCAGCCACAGUCGCAACCCAAAGUACCCCCUCAAACCAAUCCAAAACCUCAGUGCUUCAAUCUACCUCAAACACAGCCCCAAGAAGAGAUCCUGGGAAAAAACGGCCCAUCUGGACACAGCGUCCCAAAAGACCAAAAGCCAGAGAUCGACGAAGAUCCAGAGGCCAUGACAUCCAUGUCAAUCAAAGAGAGGUUGGAAAUGUUGAAGAAGAGUGGAGAGGAAGAUUGGAAAAACAGGAUCAAUAAGAAACAGGAAAUUAUACAGGAAGUGGUGUCUGUAAGCGAGAAGAGUAGUCAAAUAAUGGAGGAGCAAGGCUUUAAUAAAAAGGAAGAGACUGUUAUCAGCGAGUUCACGUCAUCUGAGCAGCUCUGGGAGCCUGUCUUUUCCUCCACCUACUCUUCUCCUCCUCUCUCAUCUACUCCAAAAUGCCAAUUUGUAGAACAUCAAGGCCAGAAACUUGAAGAGGAUGAAGGGCAGAUGUCCAUUGAAGAAAGGAAACAGAUGAUCUCGACGCGAGAGGAGGCGUGGCAGAGCUCAGGGAAGGGCGUGGCCAAUGACUCGGUCCAGUACACUGUGGCUGCCAGGAUGGUGAAAAAAGGUCUGGCAGCUUCCUCUGCAGUGAUCAGCCCUAUUCUGUCUCCAGUCUCUGCUAAACUGAAGAGCAGUGUGCCGGCUAUCUCUAAACCACAGGAAGAAAUGGAGGCCAGAGCAGAAAUGGAGUCUGAUAAGAAGCUGGAAAAGCUGGAGACGUUUUUGGGGCGUUUGAACAGUAAAGUAUCUGGUUUGCAGGAGACGACUUUGACAGUGACAGAGAAAGCCGUGAAGGAAGUGAUGCGACUGGAUGAUGAGAUCUUUUCAAAAUUUUACCAUCACAUGACAGAUAUUCCCCGCAGCAUGAGCAGCAGAAUGCAUCUGCAUGAGGACUUUGAUGCCAUCUUUGGAAAACAAACUCCAACGUUGACAUCGGCGAUGGUGCAGCACAAGCGGGCCGUCCGUCCCUCCCGUAAUGUCCAGGCCUCCAGGAACCCCUUAAAGAUUCUCGCUGCAAGAGAAGACAUCCAACAGGAGUACACCGAGGAGAGACUGAACGUGGGGCAGCUGGAGACCAAGAGAAUUAAACAGGAGAAAAUGAGCAACAGCUGCAGUUUGUCGGAUGCAGCUCUGGCUGGUUUGGCCAGUAAAGAGAGCUACAGCAGCGUGAGUCUGCGCAGUGUCAGCAUCUCAGAGCAGAUGACCAAUAACAGCGCAGCUCCCUACAAAAAACUCAUGCUCAUGCAGGUCAAAGGUCGACGUCAUGUCCAGACCAGACUAGUGGAGCCUAGAGUGUCCUCUCUGAACAGCGGUGACUGUUUUCUGCUGGUUACUCCUGAGCAUUGUUUCGUUUGGACUGGAGAGUUUGCAAAUGUCAUUGAGAGAGCCAAGGCAUCAGAACUGGCCACUUUCAUCCAGCUGAAUCACGACCUUGGUUGUCGAGCAGCACAGGUAGAGACGAUCGAGGAAGGAUUGAGCUCACAAAGCCCCGCAGCUGCAGAGUUCUGGAAGAUCCUGGGAGGACCAGCCGACUACCAGUCGGCCGGGACUCCAGACGAGGAUGAGAAGUUUGAAAGUGCCAUUGUGGAGACGAACUGUAUCUUCCGUCUUGUGGAUGAUAAACUGGUACCAGAUGAUGAUUUCUGGGGGAAAGUGCCUCGUAGUUCACUUUUGGGCUCUAAAGAGGUGGUAGUGUUUGACUUCGGUAGUGAAGUGUACGUGUGGCAUGGUAAAGAGGUCACACUGGCUCAGAGGAAGGUGGCGUUUCAGCUGGCCAAGCAUCUUUGGAACGGGAUCUUUGAUUAUACCAACUGUGACAUCAACCCUCUGGACCCCGGAGGACACAACACACUCAUACCAAGGAGCGGUCAAGGUCGUCCAGACUGGGCCAUAUUUGGCAGACUGACCGAACAUAAUGAAACAUGUCUUUUUAAAGAGAAGUUCCUGGACUGGAGAGAUGCUUGUAGACUGUCACCUAAGGAUGUCAUCGAACACCCCUUCCAGCAGAAGGAGUCUCCGGGCACAGAUUCUCGUCCUGAGUGCCAGGCGUACAGCGCCUCUCUGAUGCUGCCGGUCCUGCUUUCACCCAUCAGCACAGUUCUGGACGGUCAGAAUGUGGGUCGAGGACACGGUCCGGUGGAGAACAGCUCGGACGACUGCAUGCGCUCUCUGGAGAUCAGCACCGUUUCGGUUGAUGUCUGGCAUAUCCUGGAGUUUGACUACAGCCGACUGCCAAAGCAGAGCAUCGGCCAGUUUCACGAGGGAGAUGCUUAUGUAGUGAAAUGGAAGUACAUGGUGAGCGCGGCAGUGGGCAGCAGGCAGAAGCCGGAUCAGGUGCGCAGUGCCGGUCCCGGCAGGGAGAAGUGCUGCUAUUUCUUCUGGCAGGGCAGAAACUCAACUGUCAGUGAGAAAGGAACGUCUGCACUCAUGACUGUUGAACUGGAUGAAGAGAGAGGAGCACAGAUGCAGGUCCAGCAGGGGAAGGAGCCGCCCUGUUUCCUGCAGUGUUUCAACGGGGGGAUGAUUGUGCAUUCUGGGAAGAGAGAAGAAGAACAGGAGAACAUUCAGAAUGACUGGCGUCUGUACUGUGUGCGUGGUGAGUUGCCUGUAGAGGGCCAUCUGCUGGAAGUGGCGUGUCACUGCAGCAGUCUGCGAUCACGCACAUCAAUGGUCCUUCUGAACGUCAACAAAGCCCUCAUCUAUCUGUGGCAUGGCUGUAAAACCCAGACACACACACGUCAUGUUGCUCAAACCGCUGCAGAAAAGAUCAAAGAACAACGGCCACUGGAGGCGGGACUUCACAGCAGCUGUAAUGUUACCAUUCAUGAAUGUGAGGAAGGUGGAGAGCCAGUGGAACUCUGGGAAGCAUUAGGCAGGAAGGACCGCAAGGCCUACGACUGCAUGCUUCAAGACCCUGGCAAGUUUAACUUCACACCGCGUCUGUUCCAGCUCAGUAGUUCUUCGGGUGAGUUUGUGGCGCAGGAGUUUUUCAACCCGUCCAGAGCUGCAGACCUUGUUUGUUCCCUGCCGUUCCUGCAGGAGGAUCUGUACUCUGCCCCUCAGCCAGCUCUGUUCCUGGUGGAUAACUAUCAUGAAGCUUACCUGUGGCAGGGCUGGUGGCCGCAGGAUACUGAGAGUACCGGUUCUGCCCUCAUCCGCUGGAACUCAGACAGGAAGUGCGCUAUGGAAACUGUGUUGCAGUACUGCAGAGAAAAGAAUGAGAAGAAGCCUCAGAAGUCAUAUUUGAUCCAUGCUGGAUUGGAGCCUCUGACCUUCACAAACAUGUUCCCCAGCUGGGAGCACAGAGAGGACAUUGCUGAAAUCACAGAGAGGGAGGCAGAGGUGUGUAACCAGAUCAUUCUGGUGGAGGAUGUUUUGGCCCGUCUCUGUCAGAGCAUUUAUCCUCUAGAAACACUGCAAACCCGUCCCCUUCCCCACGGCGUCGACCCGCUGAAACUGGAGAUGUACCUGACCGACGAGGACUUUGAGGGUUGUAGGGAAUUCUAAAUGUGGAUUUCUGCACAAGCAGCAGGAAGGGCAUGCUGAGUAGCCCUGCCCACUGUCAAUUCUGAUUGGUCCAAAGUCUCUCUCCUCUUAUCUGUACAGUAUAUGGGAGUUCUUUUUUUAUGAUUUAAACAAAAUGUGCCUAGCUAAGACGCAGUGUUACUGUAAACCUUUUUUUCUCCUUCCUUUUCUGCAAAUGUAAUAUUCUGCAAUCAGAUUGUGUUUAAGUUUUUGCACAUAUACACUACCAUUCAAAACAAUGUGGUCAGCAAGUUUUUUUUUAAAGGACGUUAAUACUUAUUCAGCAGGGAUCUAUUAAACUGAUCAAAAGUGACUGGAGCAAUGAUGUUGAAAAUGAAUCUUUGCAUCUCAGUCAUUUUAAAAUAUAUACAUUUAUAUUCACAUACAAAUCUGAUAUUUUAAUAUCUGUUUUAAUAUACCGUAUUUUCCGGACUAUAAGUCCGGUACUUUUUUCAUAGUCCUUUUCAUGGUCCUGCGACUUAUAGUCAGGUGCGACUUAUUUCUAAAAAAAUUAUUUGACAUGAAUCAAGAGAAAUGAACAGAGAAAACAUUACCGUCUCCAGCCGCGAGAGGGCGCUCUAUACUGCUC